AUGUUGAAGACCCAAGUUACCGAAGAGAUGAAGCAGGAGAUGCUUAAGCAUGGAGGCUUUACUCAAGAUAAAAUUGCUGAGCACUAUGAUGAAUUAAGUUCUCAUUAUGAGGAGAUUUAUCUUACAGCUGGAUAUCAUGACCCACUAAAGUGUGCUGAGCUCUGCAAGGAGAUUAUUGGAGACAACGCUCCUAAUGCCCAAGUCUUUGAUAUGGGCUGUGGUACUGGACUUGUUGGCUAAUACCUCAAAGAGAGAGGCUUUCUACACGUUGUUGGAGUUGAUGCCAGCGCUGGAAUGAUUGAAAAGGCAAGAACAAAGGAAUCAUAUGAGGAGCUUCAUGAGCUUUUCCUUGGUAGACCUGACACCUUCCCUAAGGAAUUUCAUAAUAGAUUUGAUGCUAUCACUGCAGCAGGAAUCCUAGCUGAGGGGCAUCUAGAUAACAAUGUAUUUGAUGAGAUGCUUGUCGCUUUAAAAGACAAGGGAUAUGCUAUAUUUGCCACAAGAACAAUGUAUCUUGAGCAAUACAGCUAUGGUUAAAAGAUUAAAGAAUUAGAAGAACAAGGAAAAUGGUAGAAAGUCAAAGAAAUAACCUUCGACAGAUAUGAUUAACUAGAAGAGGCAGUCGGAAGAUUCUCAAAAGUUGAAAUUAAGGGAUACAUUUACUAGAAGAUUUGA